AUGCUCCAGAAUCGACAUCAUAGUGGCUACGAUUGCCUUUGGAAUGGGUUUGCUUUUCACCCAAAAUUAACGGUAGGCAUUGACAAGCCCGAUGAAACCGGAAGGGCGGGAAGAGAUGGGCUUCAAGCAAGCUGCGUCAUGUACUACAGCUACGGGGACAAGUCUAAAAUCGACUUUCUCAUUGAAAAAGGCGAAGGUCGACUUGAGCAAAAGGAUAGGCAACGCGAAAAUCUUCGACAAGUUAUUCAAUAUUGCAUCAAUGGCUAUGAUUGUCGAAGAAAGCAGCUGCUUGCCGUCACCCUUGUUGAUGUGUCGGAUAUCGCUCUUGACUUGUAUAAUUUAGGAAAAUCAAGAGAUCGAAUCGACAUUGAACGCUGUCUUCAAUCCAUGGUCGCCAAUGGUGUCCUUGCAGAGAAAAGCGAGGUCAACUAUUUCGGAUUUGCAAACUCAUAUUUAUGCACCGGCCCAAACAGUAAUAGCUUUCUUCAGAAGAAAAUGACUAUUUCAAUUCCAAAGGCUGCCGAUGCGCUUAAAAAUCCAAGACGAUCCAAGUAUUUUGCCGACAUUGAUGGGGAGACUGAAGACGCCGAAUCAGAACAAGAGGACGAAUACAUUAGCUCUGCAACGGCUUCAAGAGCAAAAAAUGCGAGGCCAAAAAAGACCGUGCCUUCAUGCAAAAAACCAGUCCCUGGAACCCGGAUUUCCAAUGCAAACGAAAUGGCCAAACCUAGUCAAAAAUCCACCACUUUGGAAAAGAAAAAUUUUCAAAGAAAAAUAUACGAAGCCUUAAUCAAGUUGAGGGAGAAGCUCACAAAAGGGUUCAACAUCCUCCUGCAUGGUUAUGGGUCCAAAAGAGUAUUGCUCAAAAAGUUUUGCGAAAGCCCUAUUGUCUUGAAAGCAUAUAGGGUCUUCUACAUUGACGGGUGCAACCAAUCUCUCACGCUAGAUUCAAUUCUUCACAAGUUGCAUCAGGAGUACAUUGCCCAUUUUGAUGGCUCUUAUAAAGCCUUUAAAAGGCUAACUUCUAUCCAAGAAAAAUGUAAAUACAUCAUAUCUACGCUUAGCCAGCUGAUGAAACAAAGCAAUGACCCUUCUUUUAGCUUUAUCGAUGAAAGACCGACGCCCAUUUUGUUUGCCAUAUCAAACAUUGAUGGUUCUGGCUUUACCUCGCCCAUUCGAGCAGCGGAAUUAAAAAGCUUUCUAUAUUGUGCACUUGGACAAAUUGAGCAGUUUAGGUUUGUUGCAACUACAGACCACAUCAACGGCCCGCUUUUGGUAGAUCCAACGUACAUUUCAUGCGCAAGAUUGCUGUUUUAUGACGUUACCACGUUUCUAAACUACCAGGAGGAAAUCAAAAGCUGCGACUUUUCUCUAUAUAGGGGCAAAAAAAUCCUGGAUGGGAACCAACAAAGCCAUUUAAGUGUGAUCACGGUAUUGAACAAUCUCUCAAGCAAUGCCAGAAAGAUCUAUGCCCUGUUUCUUCAUGUUCAAUACAAAUGGGCCUGCAUUAACGAUGAAAACAUGGCCUUUAAAAUUAAUUGUAACGCCAACACCACACCGCCAUCCAAGACUUGCUCCAAAAGUAGGCCAGCGGUUGAUGCGACGCUUUCUUGUAAAAUCAAUUCGUUUUCGCUGAAAAAUCUUGAAAAUUCACCCUCUGUAAACCGGCUUGCGUUGAAACUGGUAUCAUCGUCGCCAGCACCGCUUGCUGCUUCUUCAGCCGGCCAGGUCCCUGAUUACUUGCAGUUUCCUGGGAUUUCGUUUUCAGUAUUUUUCAACUUAUCGCUGGAAAACUUUUUGGUCGCCAACGAUGUAUCUUUCAAAGCGAUUAUCCACGAGUUUUUGGAUCAUAACAUUCUAUGUUGUAAAAAAUCGGACGAAGGCGAGGAUGUAUAUCACAUUCCAUUUAAGAUGGGCAUUUUGAUUUUGAUUUCUAAAGACUUGAAAAUUAAUUAA